AUGGCAGACAACACCAGAAUGAAGGGUUUGGAGGCCGACAUCAAGAAGCUGUUCCAGAUGAUGGAGUCGAUGAUGGAAGAGAACAGAUCUGAGCGUGCUCGAUUGAAGGAAGCAACAGAUCUGAAAUUCGAGUCUCUCCAAGCCUCCAUUUCCCAAAUUGCUAAUGAGUAUUCUCAAGCUCGCUCGGUGGUCUUGGGUUCUCACCAUGGCACGAACUCCGGAGGGGAUCAGUCUGGGCGCGGUGCUGCGCAACCCAGGAAGGUAAACUGCGACUUGGCCAAAUUUGACGGAUCUGAUGCCUUAGCUUGGAUUUGUUCUGUGGAUCAAUAUUUUGAGUUCUUUCGGGUUCCCGAAGAGGAACAAGUGGGUCUCGCUGCAAUGCACAUGUCGGGUAUGGCAAUUCCCUGGUUUCAGAUGACGCAACGCACAUCCCCCUUUCGUUCUUGGACCCAAUUGAAGAGAUCAAUUGAAAUUGAAUUUGGUCCUUCACUGUUUGAAUCGCCGAGAGAACUUCUUUUCAAACUCCAACAGCGAGGGACGGUUUCCGAAUAUUAUGCAGAAUUUGUGGCAUUGGCUAACCGAUCCCACAUUGAUCCCCCGGAUGCCUUGAUGGAUUGUUUCAUUAGCGGGUUACAGCAGGAUAUUAGGCGCGAAGUCAAGGCGCAAUGCCCGCCUUCCUUAAUGAGGGCCGUGAGUUUGGCCCGUUUAUACGAGGAUAAGUUCUCACCCAACCCGCCUACCACUACGGCGCCGGCCUCGUUCCGCUCUGUUAACCCUCCGACAUUGGCUCUAACUCAACCUAAGCCUUCUCUAUGUACAGGCUCUCCUCCAUUACUACCAGCGCCAUCACCACGAUCUUCCACUUCUUCUCCACGGAAUCCGAUUCGCAGGUUAUCCUCAACUGAAAUUCAGGCUAAGAGGGCCAAAGGCUUGUGUUAUUGGUGCGAUGAGAAAUACACAGCUCUCCAUAAAUGCCCGAAUAGACACUUUAUGUUAUUUCAGCUUGAAGAAGACGAAGUUCCUGCUGGGGAACAACAAGCUGCAAUUGAAGAGGAAGUAGAUCCCUUCCUUCAGACCUUGGAGCAACAAGUAACUGACCAUCACCUAUCCUACAAUGCCAUGCAUGGUACCUCUGGUUCGUCCACAAUCCGAAUUCGAGCCCUCCUUCAAGGAUUGGAGGUUCGGGCUCUAUUGGAUGGAGGCAGCUCUGAUAGUUUCCUCCAACCUCGAAUAGCCAAAUUCUUGAACAUUCCAGUGCAGCCUGCCCCUGGUGUGAGGGUGAUAGUGGGAAAUUUUGGCAUCAUGGAUGUUGAGGGUUAUAUUCCUUCUCUGGAGGUCACGAUGAGUGGGUGCAAAGUCACUAUUCCACAUGUCUUUGUGCUGCAUGUGGCUGGAGGUGACUUGGUGAUUGGUUCUCCUUGGCUCAAGCAACUGAAAACGUACAUUGUGGACUAUGAUGCUGCUUUUCUUCGAUUCCUGCAUAAUGGUGAGUUCGUGACAGUGCAUGGUGAGAAGAACCCCACCCCGGAGCAAGCUCAGUAUCACCACAUUCGACGCCUUCUCAACACUAAUGCAAUUGAGGAAGCCUUCACAGUGGAAGUUCAGCAACCUGCACAAAAUACAGCCACUCCCCUGCCAUUUUCCCCUACCAUGGGGCCUGCUUUUGCUGAACUCCUCCAGAAGUACCAAAUAGUGUUUCAGCAACCUACAGGGCUUCCCCCACAAAGAUUGCAUGAUCACUCUAUUCCCUUGGUAGAGGGGGCUGCACCAAUUCGAGUUAGACCGUACCGAUACCCCCACCACCAUAAGACUCAAAUUGAGUGCAUGAUUCAAGAGAUGCUUAAGGAUGGCAUCAUUCAGCCUAGUCGUAGCCCUUUUUCUUCACCAAUCCUUUUAGUAAAAAAGAAGGAUGGCUCUUGGAGAUUCUGUACUGACUAUCGUGCUUUGAAUAAGAUUACGGUCAAGGAUCGCUUCCCUAUUCCCACAGUGGAUGAACUCUUGGAUGAGUUAUUUGGAGCAAAAAUUUUUUCAAAGUUGGAUCUCAGAUCAGGUUAUCACCAGAUUUUGGUGAAGCCGGAGGAUAGAUACAAGACCGCAUUCCGCACACACCAAGGACAUUACGAAUGGCUAGUAAUGCCAUUUGGAUUAACAAAUGCACCAGCCACCUUCCAACAUCUUAUGAACGAUAUCUUUCAGCCAUUCUUGAGAAAGUUUGUCCUUGUCUUCUUCGAUGACAUAUUGAUCUACAGCCCUUCCACUUCUCAGCACUUAGCACAUUUGGAGAUCGUGUUGCAAACAUUACAGAAGGAAUCCUUAUUUGCCAAGCUGUCAAAAUGCUUGUUUGCUGUAUCCGAAAUUGACUAUCUGGGCCACACCAUCACGGAGAAAGGUGUGCACAUGGAAAAGGAUAAAAUUCAGGCUGUACUAGCUUGGCCAACACCUGAGAACCUCAAACAACUUCGGGGAUUUCUGGGGUUGACAGGUUACUAUCGACGCUUCAUCAAAGGCUACGCUUCUCUUGCCUCUCCUCUCACAGAUUUAUUAAAAAGAGAUGCCUUCCAGUGGAGCUCAGUUGCUGCUCAUGCCUUUGAGUCAUUGAAGAAUGCAAUUACUUCAGAACCAGUUUUAGCCCUUCCCAACUUCGAUCAACCUUUUAUAGUGGAAACUGAUGCUUCUAGUACGGGAAUUGGAGCGGUUCUUUUGCAAGAUAAACACCCCAUUGCCUUCUUUUCUAAGAAAUUAUCUACUAACAAACAGCACCAGUCAGCCUAUGCCCGGGAAUUCUAUGCAGUGACUGAAGCGGUAGCCAAGUUCCGCCAUUACUUAUUGGGAAAGAAAUUCAUUAUACGUACAGAUCAGCAGAGCUUAAAGACUCUAGGAGAUCAGACCUUGCACACCCCUGACCAGCAAAAGUGGAUACACAAACUCAUGGGGUAUGAUUUUGAGAUUCAAUAUAAACCUGGUAAGGAGAACACUGCUGCUGAUGCACUUUCUCGCAGCUUCAUGGCUGCUUGGUCUUGCCCAAAACCGGAAUGGUUCAAUACAUUGAAGAGCGAAAUAGAGGCUGACAACGUACUGAGGGAGCUUCGGGAGAAUUGUGAGAAAGGCUCACCGAAAGACCCCAACUAA